ACAGUUUGGAGCGAUUCUGACGUGGUCCAAAAAACGGCCUUAUUGACACCCCUCCUUUGAAGAAAAUUCAUCACAACAGGCCACAUAGAUACAGACGAUGAAUGAAACACUUGAACUCCGUCAGAACUGAUCUGCAGCGUGAUAUCAUCAAAGCAUAUUUGUCGCUGUUUACAAAAUCGCGCAACUGCUGUUUUAAAGAUGAUGUAAUUAAACGCGGGACGAUAGUGAAAGUUCGAUGGCCAAAAGACUGUGAUGUGGGCCCUGUAGCAACAACAAUGAAAAAAAAAUUGGCCAAUUGUCAAUGGGAGGUGGUUGCAACAAAAUUACGGGCAUAUGGAGGAUGGAUUAAAAUGUGUGAGAUCAGAGACAAUUUAGAAAAGUAUGGUAUCACUGAACUUGACAGAAGUAAUAGAAAACAGUUCACGAGUAAAAAUAACCAUACAGAAUGUGAUAGUAAUGAUGAAUCAGGAGUAAAAGAAACAAAAAAGGAUGCGAAACAAAAGAAAUGUAUUCUAAAUGUAAAAAAAGGAAAAGAACUUUUAAAACAAUACAAACACAAAAAGCAGAAAUAUUCGUCACAGAAUAAAUCGAUAGAUAUCAGCGACGACGAAUCUGGUGAAGAAAACGAAAAAUCUCUCAUUCAUAAACAAUCAAAGUCACAAUCAAGAGACACGGUAGUGUCUCGCGACCAGUUAAGGGCGUAG